UGGCAGAUUUUCAACUUGCAACCUGGCUAAUUUCCUGCUUCUUCUGGCACCAAAAGGAGGGCGAUUCGUCUCCUGUGCAGCCAAAGCGACAGCUGUCAAAGUCGCAGGGGCUCCUGUGAGCCAGAACCUAAAAGGUAUCGUAAUCUGCCCCCGGAAAUGAGACAAAUAGUCUCCCAACAACAACAAAACUCUCCUUUGAAAGCUACUUUAGGAAACGGGGCUCGUACGAAUGUCACUUUCCGUCAGAGCGCAUUUAAAAUUAGGCUAUUCAGUCUGUUGUAAUGGGCACGGAUUAUGAGUAAACACAGUUUGGAAUGAACAACCUCAUGUUAUCUCCAGGAACUGCAGGGUUACGGCCGAAUUAAAAGCGCCUCAGCGAAUUUCAUCAGCACUGUUACUGUCCCUGCCCUGGGCCAAGAAUUAUAUUUCCGCUAUGGGGUAACUGCCAUGUUGAAAAAUGAAGGUGGAAAUGUUUGUUUCAUAUAAUUGUUUUUUCCCUCUUAAAGACACACAUCGCGUUUAAUUAUUCGGAGCAACAACGAAACCGAUUGGCUUCUGCUGACUCAUUAGCGGGGCUGUAUUAAUUAGGAAUAGUCCUACUGGCUCGUUUUUGAAUUUGAAUGUUUGAUUCCCUCGGCUCGACUUUGGCGGGGGGGUACUCGGGGAGAACAGACACGUGGAACUUUAUCUGGGCUGCUCGGGGGGCGCCGGGAGCCCUCCCAGCCCUUCCCGGGGCCUUCUCGGGCACUUUUUUGGUGCAAAUCAAAAAUCCCCCUCCCCAGAAGGCCACCGUUCCCUGCCCCAGCCACAACCUCCGAGUUAAUUACGGGGGUGCUCAUUAAGAUAGGAGGCCUCUUCCACGCAGGACGCGUUAGCCUCUCUCACAAAAGCUGGGUUCUGCGCUGAGGCAGGCUCCCCGAGCGCCGAAGGGAAGCCUCAGCAGAGGGUCGAUCUCCGGGAGGAAAAAAAAAAAAAGAAAAGAAAGAGAAAAAUCGUCCAAAAACUCCUGGAUGCGGCUGCAGCAUCGCUGUGGGAAAAUGGAGAGAGGCCGGACCGCUCCCCCCCGCCUCCCCCUUUCACAUACUCCCUCCGCUCCAAACUUUCCCCCUCCCGCAGCAUCCCCCUCGGCCGGGGAGCCGGGGGGCGGCUCGCCCACCCUGCCCGCGGGACUGCGCAGCUCCCUCGGGGGCGACACGCCGGUCGUGGGGCCACCAACUUUUCAGGGCUCCCCUCCCCUACACAUCCCUCCCGCCGCCGCGGGCGGGAGGGGGUGUGGGUGUCCCCGUCCUCCGCUGUCACAUUCCUGCCGGGAAUCUGUUACUGUUAUUAUUAUUAUUAUUGUUGUGGGAAUUUUUUUUUUUUUUUUUUUCCUCCGGAGGGGCGGUGCCGCGGCGGGGGCGCGGCCGGUGCCCGCGGGGGCUGCGCGGGGCUGCGCGGGGCGGCGCGGCGGGGCCGGGGCUGCCGGUAAGUUGGCGGCGCGGUGGCGGCGGCCCCGGGGGAGCGGGCGCCGCGCGCGCUCCCAUUGGCCGCCCCGCCGUCAGCUGCUCCUAUUUUCUGCUGUCGCUUUUGGCGCUCGGCCAUCCAGAAACAAACCACUUCGAUGACUCCUAAUAGUUAUCGCCAGAUGUACUAAUACACAACAAAUCACGGUCCGGGAGAGGGGGAGAAGCAAAUGAGUUCCUAUUUCGUGAAUCCCACUUUCCCGGGGAGCCUGCCCGGGGGCCAGGACUCUUUCCUCGGGCAGAUCCCCCUUUACCCGGCGGGCUAUGAUGCUCUCAGGCAUUUUCCGGCUUCGUACGGGGCAAGCAGCCUGCAGGACAAGACUUACACCUCACCUUGUUUCUACCAACAGUCCAACACCGUCAUUGCUUGCAAUCGGGCUUCCUAUGAGUACGGAGCCUCUUGUUUUUAUUCGGACAAGGACAUUAGUAGCGCCUCUCCCUCCGGCAGUGGCAAGCAGAGGGGGCCCGGGGACUACCUGCACUUUUCUCCCGAUCAACAGUACAAAUCCAGCGGCGUCCAAGCCAAAAUUGUAAAUGACGAAGGCACCGACCGGAAGUACACGAGCCCUGUUUACCCCUGGAUGCAGCGGAUGAACUCCUGCGCUGGUACAGUAUAUGGAACUCAUGGGAGACGAGGGAGGCAAACUUACACCAGAUACCAAACGCUAGAGUUAGAGAAGGAAUUUCAUUUUAACAGAUACUUAACCCGAAGACGACGUAUUGAGAUUGCAAACGCUCUCUGCCUUACUGAACGCCAGAUUAAAAUAUGGUUUCAAAACAGGCGGAUGAAAUGGAAAAAGGAAAACAAAUUCAUAAAUUCCACACAGCCCAGCAGCGAAGAAACAGAGGAAAAGUCAGGGGAGUAGAACCACGUUUAAUAAACGCUACCAGGCCUUUCCUUAGCGCUUACAAUUACUAUUAUUAUUUAGCUUGUGUUCCUUCUGCUACUAAAAUCCUAUAGGUUUGUCACAGUCUAUUAAUUCCCAAAAGGCUUGGUUAAAAGAUGUACAUUUGCAAUCAUCUGUGACUUUCUUUAAUAUAUGUGGAAGUCCGAGCUUUCGGGCUACAAGCAUGUAUGUGUAUAACCACCUUCCCAAAGCGUAGAUGGCGUUGCUUAAAGUAUUAGAGAAAUGGCUCAGAUUUUUAAAUAUUUGAGGUGACCGUCUGUGUGUGGGUGAGUGUCCCUGGCGUGGCUGCGUGAGAAGAGAUAAGCGAGUGAUUUUUUUCUUUUUUUUUUUUUAAUUAGAAAUUUUCAUAUCGUAGAAAUACGAGAGAUUUUAGAAAAUCUUGAAUUUAUGUUUUUGCUAACUCCCGCUACGUCGGGCCGUCUCGUUAUUCUGUGUUUGGGAGCUUAUGGUCUGCAGGGGAGGAAAAAAAAAAGUUUUACGCAUGUUUAAGAUAUUUAAAUAGCAAAAAAGAAGAAAAAUCCUUUAAAAAAAAUCGUUGUAUAAAACCCUGGGUAUAAACUGGCAGUUAAAGCGAAGAUGAAUCGCAGGGAAAUUUUUUAAAUGCCGCUAAACUGCCUAAUCUGCACUACUAGUAUUAAAGUUAAAACUCGGCGUUAAACUUCAGGGGAAGCGAGGGAAGAGGUUUCGAGGCGGGUGAAUUUCUGUGGUUCCCGUUGAGCUUACACUGAGGUUUUGGUGAGCUCAGCUCUACACUGAAGGGUCUUUGAAUUACGAACUACAUUUCUUGGGGCUUCGUGGGCUUGGGUCGAUCUUUCUUUUAUUUUAUUUCUUUAUUAUUAUUAUUAAUUUUAUUAAAUGAAAAGUGUCUGUCAUAUUAACUCGGGGAUCUUCUUCCCCGCUUUUGUGGUAUCUUAAUUCACAUUCGCAUUUCUGAGCACUGGAAAAAAUAAAUAGAUACUCUAAAGAAAAGUAGCUGCCAUAAAAUGCUUCCACUUCGAGUUCUGUAUAAGCAAAAUAAGCGCAGCGAAAAUAUUGAUUAAUAUAUACGUUAUAUCUCUAUGUAUUAUAUUGUGUGUGCGUGAGUGUGCGUGUGAAGCCGUGUACAAAUAUGCUUGUAUACACAUCAAGGCUCUUUUGUUUGGAAGGCAGCGCUAUUUGGGCUACCGCUCUAAAUAUUUUAAAAGCCAAAUCUGGAAAAUACUACUGCAAAAUGGCUACCGCCGCAUUUAGAGGUUUUGUGUUGUGUUGUUUUGUUUUUUGGUUGUUUUUUUUUUUUUUUUCCGAGAGGCGGAAAAAUAACGGCGGCCGUAAAGCCGCCUGGAAUUUGACCCCCUAGUUGAAAAAACACUGCACGAUAUUUAUCUUUCAUAGGUACCUGCCAUUUCCCAUCGGCAGGACUCGGGUGCCUCUCGAAACCUCCGGCACGGGAAAAAGGGAGGGGGGGAAUAUAUAUUUUUUAUAUAUAUAUAUAUAUUGAGAAGGGACAUAAGCGUUCCCAGCAUCCGAGGACGGAUCGUAUAGGAUUUGUGAACUGGUGUACAUAAGCCUCGCACACAGGAGACAACAGGCACAAAGCGGAGCGCUCUCUGCAUGCCAGGCUCUCCGCCGGCCGGGGCGGGGGACCCGGCCCCUCCGGCCCCGCCGGCCCCCCGGUCCCGCCGGCCCCGCAGCCCCGCCGCCCGCUCCCGC